AAAAAAUGGCGGGAGAAAAAGCAGCGGGCUCAAACAAAACUGAACUUCCGGUGUGUCACCGGGUAAAACAACGAUGGAUGUUGCUCAACUUAACGGCGACGUUGCCAGCAUGGAUGUUGCUCGAUAUGACGGCGACGUUGCCGAAGUUUCGGAAAAGCUGGAGCGGUCUUUGUCCAUGGACACUGAGGACAAGAUGGAGACGUACCACAGAUUUAUCCAAGACGGUAAAGACGUCGCCCGACAAGGGGACAUGCACAAAGCGCUGAAGUUCUUCAAGCUGGCGUACGACAUCCACCAGAGUCAAAAACUCGAGAGCAGGAUAAAGAAAAUUGAGGAACUCAUUUCCCAGAAUGAUUCCGAGGAAGACGAAGAAGAGUUUGUCAAUGUAAACGGCAGCGGUUUGAUGCUUUUCAAAGAUCUGCACAGCAAGCUUUAUGACUACCAGAGAAAUGGAGUGGCCUUCUUAUACAGUCUCUACAGAGAUGGCCUCAAAGGCGGGAUCUUGGCCGAUGACAUGGGCCUUGGUAAAACCAUCCAGGUGAUAUCAUUCCUCUCUGGUAUGUACGAUAAUGAGCUGGUUAAACACACGAUGCUCGUCAUGCCAACUUCCCUCAUCACAAACUGGACCAAGGAGUUUGCCAAGUGGACUCCUGGGAUGAGGGUGAAGGAGUUUCACGGUACCAGCAAAGGAGAGAGGACCAGGAAUUUGGAGAAGGUUCAGAGGAGAGGCGGCGUCAUCAUCACCACGUACACAAUGCUUAUGAAUAACUGGCAGCAGCUGUCAUCAUAUCACGGCAGAGAGUUCACAUGGGACUACAUGAUCCUGGAUGAGGCACACAAGAUUAAAACAACAACCACCAAAACUGCUAAAAGUGCUUCCGCCAUACCCUCCAAAAACAGAGUUCUUCUCACAGGAACUCCAGUCCAGAACAACCUGAGAGAAAUGUGGGCUCUCUUUGACUUUGCUUGCCAAGGCACUCUCCUCGGCACAGCCAAAACAUUCAAAGCAGAGUACGAGAACCCCAUCACCCGUGCCCGAGAGAAGGAUGCCACUCCAGGCGAAAAGGCUCUGGGGUCCCGGAUGUCUGAGAACCUCAUGGCCAUAAUCAAACCCUACUUCCUGCGCAGAACAAAAUCAGAAGUGCAGAAAAACAAAAUGAACGGUGCGCGUCCAGAUAAAGAAGAAGAUAUUUCAGAAAAAGACAGCGGAGCUGUCAUGCCCACUCUGAUGAGAAAGAACGACCUGAUCAUCUGGACCUACCUGAGCUCUGUUCAAGAAGACAUAUACAGGCAGUUCAUUUCACUGGACCACAUCAAGGAGCUGCUGAUGACCAGCAGAUCACCGCUGGCUGAACUAAACAUCCUGAAAAAGCUGUGCGACCACCCGAGACUGCUCUCUGCCGCCGCCAUCGCCAAAUUAGGCUUGGAGGAAAGUACGGCCGAAAGUCAGAACGACGAUGCAGAGAUGGACGCCGCCCACAGCAUUGCCAACAUCUCCGACGACACUUUAAUAGCCGAGUCUGGGAAACUGGUCUUUCUGUUCACGCUUCUUGAACGGCUCAGGCAUGAAGGCCACCGUACACUCGUCUUUGCUCACUACAGGAAGGUGCUCGACAUCAUCGAACGCAUCCUCGGCAACAGAGGCUUCAAAGUGCUGAGACUGGAUGGCACGAUAACACAAAUCGCAGAGAGAGAGAGGCGCAUCACACUGUUCCAGAACGAUGAUCGAUACUCCGUCUUCCUCCUGACCACCCAGGUCGGAGGAGUUGGCAUCACCUUGACUGCUGCAAACCGAGUCGUGAUCUAUGAUCCCAGCUGGAACCCAGCAACUGAUGCUCAGGCCGUUGACAGGGCGUACCGCAUCGGACAGACUGAAAACGUCGUCAUCUACAGGCUGAUCACCUGCGGGACAGUCGAGGAGAAGAUCUACAGGCGGCAAGUUUUCAAAGACUCUCUCAUCAGACAGAAUACCGGAGAUAAAAAAAACCCUUUUCGGUAUUUUAGCAAGCAGGAGCUAAAGGAGCUCUUCACUUUGGAGGACACUCGAUCCUCCACCACACAGAUGCAGCUUCAGACCAUGCACUCCAGACACCGACGGACGGACCCUGAACUGGACGAACACAUCGCUCACCUCCACGCCAUGGAGAUGUUUGGCAUCUCUGACCAUGACCUCAUGUUUUCCCUCGACGUCAACCACGACGAGGACCCGGAGGACCAAGAGGCGCACCACUACAUUGAAGGGAGGGUCCAGAAGGCUCAGGAGCUGAUGAAAGCCGAGUCCGAGUUACAGAUGCAGCUGGCGGAGAGCAUGGCAUCGAGCACAGAACCAGCUUGGCUCCGACAACCAGCGGAGAACAACAGCAAAGAUCGCUCUCAUGAGAAAAAACCAAGAAAUCCAAAACCAAGUUCUCCGUAUCCACAACACGUCACCGACUUCAACGGAUCACAGAUCGUGGUGGAGUCGGACCAGUCUGGUUCCGACAAGGAGGACGGCCAACAGAGUGACCGAGUUAUUGAUCUAACUGCAGACGACAAUACGCCAGAAGAACAACUUGUUGUUGAAGUAAGCCAAGACAGGCUUACUGAGAAGGAUCUGUAUUCCCCAAAACACCACUCUGUCAAGCAGGAGAGGAGUUACUCCUCCCCUCAGGAGGUGAUCGAAGACUCUUUGCUGAUGUCAGAGGACACUGAUGCUGUAGCAGACGCCUCUGUUCAAGAACUAAUGGACGUGUCUGCGGUAUCAACGGCCAGCCACGCAUUUGUUACAGCAGUUGAUGACAGUGAACAACUGCUACCUGGAGCUUCACCCUCAAAGUAUAAGCCCGAGAUGGACGCCACGCCGCUGCAGAACAAAAGACUCUCCAUGUUGCAAGCGUCCAAUUCAAGCUUCAAAGCAGACACGUCGUCCAAAGUGAGCGCAGGACUUGAAUCCUUUGAAGGCAACUUCAAUUUACAGCUCGAGGACAGCGACAUGUUCUCAGACCACGAGAUCCUGGACCAUCAAGAGACCGACGCAGAGGAGAGGAACUUGCUUUCACAGCUGCAAAUGAACGGAAGUUUUGACGUGAACAAAUCUCUCUCUGAGAGACGACACGAAGAAGCACUCGGGCGAAGCCUCCACACCUCCAUCAAGGACGAGUCAAUGAAUGACUCCAUUGUGAUGGUCAGGAAAAAAAGAGCAGCAGUGAUUUAUGACAGUGAAGAUGAAGAAGAUGGUGACAGACAAGAGUUAAGUAAGAGUCAACUUGACAACUCUUUCCAGGUUCUUGGAGCCUCCACACCUAAAUCAGCGCCCUCCGGCUCCACCCCUCUCCGGUCAAGAAAAAGCAUUGGAGGAAACACAUCUGUGGCCUCCCGCCGGUCCCUCCUCCAGUCCAUCAUCGAAGACAUGGACAACCAAAACCAAGACACGGAGGACGAGGAUGAAGACGAGGAGGACGUUUCAGAGAGGCAUUCUGAUGAGGCCGAAGAGGAGGAGGAGCUCCUUGGGUCAACUCAGGGUGAACUUCAACUUGAGGAGACCAUCGGGGAGACAUUAAAUACAGAGGGAGAAGAAGAAGAGGAGGAGGAGGACGGGGAGGACUCUGAGUUGGCAGGUAGCCUCAAUGAGUCAGGAGAGGAAGCUAGCAGUAACUCGGAAAAAUCGAGUAGCGAGCCUGAGCUAGCCUCGUCCGAGGAAAUGGAUCUGUGCACCGCUGAUCCCGGAGUCAAGACGACUGGCACAAACGACAACAUUAAGUCCGACGGCGAGAGCUACGACGCCCUGGUCAGCAGAGGGAGGGAGAACUACAGCAAAGGAAAGCUGGACGACGCCUUGAGCUUCUUCCUGAGAGCCAUCGACAUCAAACCUGGAGAUCCUGAAGUUCAGCAUAUGACCAUCCAACUGUACCGGCAGCUCAGUCAGAGAAGCUAACCAUAACGGGGCUAGCUGUCCACAUGUCCACCGAAAACCAAUAAUCUGAUGUCCAUCCCCCGUCUGCAGCUCUCAGCUCCAAGCCCACUGGAUCCUACUGAAGUCUCUGAGACUCUUUAGCCUCUAACUCUUAACAUGUUGAGAUUUCACAGUAGCAAAUCAGCAGAAAACAAAAUGAAGAGCCAGGCAGAGAGAGCUGCAGCUCAUAAUAAUAAAUAUUUAGAUUUGUCUUGUUAUUUCCCUAAAAGUUUCUAGAGCUCAUGGUGAUUAAAUGUCUUGUUUUGUCACUCGACUCCAAAUGUAGACUUCAAAAGUAAGAGCAGCGUUUGGUAUUGAUUGGACUGACGGUGUGGGCCGAGCCGCACAGCGUGAUCAUCACUGAUCAGAUUUUUUUUUUUUUUUGUUGGCUCAGAGGAGAAACGUUUGUUGACUUAAACUUUGACGCAGUAACCGCA